GGGUUUAGGGCUCUCGCCUCUAGAGCAGAGGAGUUAUGGCGACCUCGGCUUGGACGAUGCCGCAUUCUUCGUCCUCGUCGCUGCGAUGCGUUGUCGAUGGCCUCCAUCCCAAGAACAAGGUACAUAGAUUAGGCGCUGCUCGCGGGAGGAGCUUAGUUUUGGCGAGAGCGCGAGAAGAGAGACGAGGGCUUCUCUGUGAGCAGUGGGGUGUUGGAAGCUCUGGCCGUGAGUCGAGGCCGUCGGAGGCUGGAUCGCUCCUCUUGGAGCCCGCGGGAGUGUUGCUCCAGCAGCGCAUUGUGUUCCUCGGAUCGCAGGUGGAUGAUGUUUCUGCCGAUCUUAUCAUCAGCCAGUUGCUCCUUCUCGACGCUAAAGAUCCAACCAAGGAUAUCAAAAUGUUUAUCAACUCGCCCGGUGGCUCAGUUUCAGCUGGGAUGGGAAUUUAUGAUGCUAUGAAGCUCUGCCGUGCGGACGUCUCAACUAUUUGUUUCGGGCUAGCAGCGUCGAUGGGGGCUUUUCUGCUGGCUUCUGGAACAAAAGGAAAGAGAUAUUGCAUGCCAAAUGCUCGUGUCAUGAUCCAUCAACCACUGGGAGGUGCCGGCGGUGUGGCAAUCGACGUUGGGAUACAAGUGAGAGAGAUGAUGUACCACAAAGCAAAGCUCAACAAAAUCCUGUCUCGCCUAACUGGAAAGUCUGAAGAGCAGAUUGAAGCUGAUACGGACAGAGACUACUUCAUGAAUGCGUGGGAAGCAGUCGACUACGGCCUGGUGGAUGGUGUUAUUGACGACGGAAAGCCGGGGCUUGUAGCACCAAUUGGCGAAGCAAAAGAGCCUCCAAAGACUCGAGUGUCUGACUUCUGGACUAUAAAGGAUGGCAAAAAGAACAGGCCUUCAGAGGACACACAAGCGGCUUCCGAGAAAGAGAAAGCGGCUGUCUAGUCUAAGCUCGACGAAGGUAGGGGCGCUGGAAAGACCGUAAAGGACAUCACCGUCUUCCAAGUUAAUGGCCGUAUGACAGCGUCACAUGGUCCUUGAAGCAUCUAAUUAAUUUUAAAAGCUGACGCUCUUAAUUUUUGUACUAUCGCUGGUAUAGACGACGACGAGCUCAUUCCACUGUCGAGGAAAGGGUGUUGGGAUUGGGAGAGAUACCAAUCCGUCCCGCGAGUGAUCCUCUAAUAAGUCAAUCCUCGGCUCUUCAAUGUGAUGUAUUCUAUUUCUUCA